AAGCAUUUAGCAAAACGCAUAACAAGAUGGAGGAUCAGAAAAAGCCACCAACGACCGAGCAAGAAGUGAAAGAAGUUAAAAACGACGACCUCGAGUCUAUCAAGACCCCAUACUUGGACUAUGAUAACUUGGAAGAUUACAAGAUGAAAGGUUACGGAGCACAAGGCCACCAAGAGCCUAAACUCGGUAUGGGAGGUGGAGCCACCGAUGCUCCCACUCCUUCAGGCGGUCUUGGACGCGGUGGAGGCGCUGCAUCGACGGAUCUUUCUUCUACCGAUGCGAUUAACCGUCAGGGCGUUCCGUGAAAAACUUUAUUAUAGGAUCGUCAACAAACACAAAGGGUAGCUUCGCUUGUCUAAUAACUGAUCAAGUUUCGGUUCUUUAACGUGUUUCAAAAAACAAAAAAAAAAACACUUUUUUUUUUUUUUUAUAGUUAAAGAGAUACGAACCUAAUCACCAUCUUCAACUCUAUUCGUAGUUGUAGAUUAAGGAGCUCUUCCAAGAGAUUCAUUCUAUAACUUCUUUUACAUCUUGGAGUACUAUGUAACAACCCUUUUUACACUUCCAAAGAGUCCACACUACUUCUAUUUUUAAUUUAUUUUUUCGUCAAACACUAAGGUUUUCCGUUAGAGAUUUAGAGUCAUUUAUAAACCACGGAAAAGCAGAAUACUAUGUCAACAAUAAUUUAAGAUUUUUUCU